AAUAAAUUGUCCAUUCAUCUCGAGUCGCAUUUUCUUGUGUUCUCGAUCGCGAAAUAAAACAGACCCCUCGCCAACUGCUUAUCACCAACACAGUCCGUACAGACAGGAGACUGCUCACCUGGGGCCCCAUCGUUGCCCGUGCUGCGGCGCAUUCGACUUCAACUCUCUAUGCGAAAAUAGAUGAACGCUCAAUACGCAUGAUUCGCUAAUCUCGACGACAACCAUAUCAACCCAACACCUACUGGUGUUUCCUUUUUAUCCAAGGGUGUUUCUUCACCCCGCCAAUAACUUACUGUACACUUACUCUCUUUAACCACUAUACGGGCUGGUUCUCCAAGAGCCACAUUAUCACCAUGACCGAAAUUUCGGAAAAGACAGCCGCUGCAACAAGUAGCAGCGAUCCCUCGCGACCAUCGUCGUCAAGCCAUAGCGGGAGUGGUUCAACCGACAAAGAUGCAGUUCGCCCACACAUGAAAUCUUCGAGCGACCCCAACAACGAAAAGCUGGACCUGACAAAGGCCGAUUCAGCAGUCAUUGUGCCCCCCAAAGCAGAAAACAUCGAGGAUCACUAUCGACACUUGCCACCUGACGAAGCCGAGGUAUUGCGACGCCAAGUGGUUAGCCCCGAAGUCAAGCAGGGCGUGGCUGUACUAUACAGAUAUGCCUCCCGCAACGACAUCUUAAUUAUUCUAAUUUCUGGUCUUUGCGCCAUUGCCGGCGGCGCGGCGCUUCCUCUUAUGACCGUUGUCUUCGGAAAUCUUCAAGGCGUUUUCCAAGACUUUUUUGUGAAUCGUACCUUAACAAGCAGUGCCUUCAACGACAAAUUGGUGGAAUUCGUUUUGUACUUUGUCUAUUUAGGCAUUGGCGAAUUCAUUGUCGUAUACAUUUCGACUGUUGGGUUUAUCUGGACCGGAGAGCACAUCGCUGGAAAGAUUAGGUCUCAUUACCUUGAAAGCUGCUUAAGACAAAACAUCGGUUUCUUCGAUCAAAUUGGCGCAGGCGAAGUGGUCACAAGAAUUACGUCCGACACGAAUCUCAUCCAAGAUGGCAUCUCGGAGAAGGUGUCUCUCACUCUUGCAGCUGUGGCUACAUUCGUCUCGGCCUUCAUCAUCGGUUUCAUCAAGUACUGGAAACUGACUCUGAUCCUUUUUUCCACCGUCAUUGCUCUCCUGAUCAACAUGGGCGGUGGUUCGUCCUUCAUAUUAAAAUAUAAUCGACAAAGUCUUGAAGCCUAUGCUCAUGGAGGAAGUCUUGCAGACGAGGUCAUCAGUUCUAUUCGAAACGCUGUCGCAUUCGGGACGCAGGAACGCCUUGCCAGGCAAUAUGACGCCCAUCUCAAGAAUGCGGAAUACUUUGGGUUCCGUGUCAAAGGCGCUGUCGCUUGUAUGAUUGCAGGUAUGAUGCUGGUCCUGUACCUCAACUAUGGUCUGGCCUUUUGGCAAGGUAGCAAGAUGCUUGUAGAUGGUGAAACUUCACUUUCUAACAUCCUUACUAUCCUCAUGGCCGUGAUGAUUGGAGCCUUUAACCUAGGCAACGUUGCCCCUAACAUUCAGGCUUUUACGAAUGCAGUUGCUGCUGCUGCCAAGAUCUUCAAUACAAUCGACCGUGUUUCUCCCCUCGAUUCCUCUAGCAAUGAGGGCGAGAAGCUCGAGAAUAUUCAGGGCUCCAUCCGGCUCUCGAAAAUCAAACACAUCUACCCGUCUCGCCCGGAAGUCACGGUUAUGGAUGAUGUGAGUCUCGAAAUCCCGGCCGGCAAGGUGACGGCUCUCGUUGGGGCCUCAGGCUCGGGCAAAUCGACGAUUGUGGGCUUGGUUGAACGGUUCUACGAUCCUGUGCAAGGCACAGUUUACCUGGAUGGGCACGAUAUCUCUAAGCUUAAUCUCCGAUGGCUACGACAGCAAAUGGCUCUUGUCAGCCAGGAACCUACACUCUUUGGCACUACUAUCUUUAACAACAUUCGUCACGGUUUGAUCGGCACCAAGUAUGAAGAGGCGAGCGAGGAAAAACAGCGUGAGCUGGUUAUUGAAGCAGCCAAGAAGGCAAACGCGCAUGACUUUGUUUCUUCCCUUCCCGAAAAGUACGAAACCAACGUUGGAGAACGAGGAUUUCUCCUCUCAGGUGGCCAGAAGCAGCGUAUUGCUAUCGCUCGUGCCAUCGUUUCUGAUCCCAAGAUUCUCCUCCUUGACGAAGCAACAAGUGCUCUCGAUACCAAGUCGGAGGGUGUUGUGCAAGCUGCGCUUGAGAACGCUUCCGAGGGUCGCACAACCAUCACCAUUGCUCAUCGCCUUUCAACUAUUAGGGAUGCCCACAACAUCGUUGUGAUGUCCAACGGUCGUAUUGUCGAACAGGGUACUCACAACGAACUUCUAGAGAACAAGGGUCCAUAUUCAAAGCUCGUUUCGGCACAGAAAAUUGCCGCUGCUGAGACGAUGACCCCUGAGGAGCAAGCUGCCAUUGAUGAGAAGGAGGUAUCACUUAUGCGGAAGAUGACGAGCGAGAAACAGGCUGCAAUUAUCGCUGACCCUAACGAUGACAUCGCAGCCAGGCUGGACCGCACAAGCACCACAAAAUCCGCAUCGAGUCUGGCUCUUCAAGGUCGCAAAGCCGAGGCUGAACAAAAGUAUGGCUUGUGGACACUUAUCAAACUCAUCACGUCUUUCAACAAAAGGGAAUGGGGAUUUAUGAUUACGGGACUCAUAUUCUCCGCUAUAUGUGGAGGAGGCAAUCCUACUCAAGCUGUUUUCUUUGCUAAGCAGAUCACGACUCUGUCAGUGCCUGUAACAGACCAGAACCGUCACCAAAUCAAGAAAGAUUCUGAUUUCUGGAGCGCCAUGUAUCUCAUGCUCGCCUUUGUUCAGUUGUUUGCAUUCAUUAUUCAGGGUGUCUUGUUUGCGAAAUGUUCUGAGCGACUAGUCCACAGAGUACGAGACCGAGCUUUCCGAGCCAUGCUUCGUCAAGAUGUUGCCUUCUUUGACCGCGAUGAGAACACUGCAGGAGCACUCACUUCAUUUCUUUCGACUGAAACAACUCACGUUGCUGGACUGAGUGGCGUGACUCUGGGCACGCUGUUAAUGGUUGGCACGACACUCAUCGCUGCCAUUGUUCUAUCCUUGGCAAUUCAGUGGAAGCUUUCACUCGUGUGUAUCUCAUUGAUCCCCGUCCUCUUGGGAUGUGGCUUUUUCCGCUUCUGGAUCCUCGCGAAAUUUCAGCACCGCGCUAAGGCUGCCUAUGACAGCUCUGCCGGGUUUGCCUCCGAGGCAAUAUCCGCCAUCCGAACCGUCGCCUCACUGACGAGGGAAGAAGAUGUCUUAAAAACCUACAGAGAUUCUCUUGCCGUACAGCAACGCAAGAGUUUAAUCUCGGUCCUCAAAUCCUCCACGCUGUACGCCGCUUCGCAGUCCCUCCUUUUCGCAUGCUUCGCAGUCGGCUUCUAUUAUGGCGGUACCCUCAUAGCGAAGUUCGAGUUGAGCAUGUUCCAAUUCUUUCUCUGCUUUAUGGCGAUCAUUUUCGGCGCCCAAUCAGCCGGUACAAUCUUCUCCUUCGCUCCUGACAUGGGUAAAGCGCACCACGCUGCCGGAGAACUCAAAAAGUUGUUUGAUAGACAGCCCGUGGUUGACACUUGGUCAGAUACUGGAGAGCGGUUGUCUCAGGUUGAGGGCACUCUCGAAUUCCGUGAUGUUCACUUCCGUUAUCCUACGAGACCCGAGCAACCUGUUCUGCGUGGGCUGAAUCUUGUCGUAAGACCUGGACAGUAUAUUGCCCUUGUGGGCGCAUCAGGCUGCGGAAAGUCUACUACCAUUGCACUUUUAGAACGAUUCUACGAUCCCCUUUCUGGCGGUGUGUUCAUCGAUGGGCACGAAAUCAGUACGCUGAAUAUAAACGACUAUAGAUCGCACAUUGCACUUGUCAGUCAGGAGCCUACACUUUACCAAGGAACCAUCAAGGAAAACAUCCUUUUAGGUACCGCACGCGAGGAUGUCUCCGAUAAGGAUGUCGAAUUUGCCUGUCGCGAGGCUAAUAUAUACGACUUCAUUAUCUCACUCCCCGAUGGCUUCAACACCAUUGUUGGUAGCAAGGGUGCGUUGCUGUCUGGUGGGCAGAAGCAACGUAUUGCUAUUGCAAGAGCUUUAAUCCGAGAUCCUAAGAUCUUGCUCCUUGAUGAAGCGACAUCGGCUCUAGACUCUGAGUCGGAACAUGUGGUACAGGCAGCGUUGGACAAGGCGGCUAAGGGCCGAACUACCAUAGCUGUUGCCCAUCGUCUUAGCACUAUUCAAAAGGCCGAUGUCAUUUACGUUUUCGACCAAGGUCGUAUCGUUGAGCAAGGAACACAUACGGAGUUGAUGAAGAAGAAAGGACGUUACGCUGAGUUGGUUAACUUACAGAGCCUCGAGAAGCAGUCGUAGCGAAGAAUUUUUCUGCAUUGUAUUGGCGUUUGGGCGAUCUGUUAUUAGCAGGGACAUCCCUCUCUUGAAGAAAGGAGGACAUUUUCUCAUUAUUGUUUAUAAUAUUUCUGAUGUAUACCAUCUGAUCAAUCAACUCUCUUCAAACAUUCCAAUGCCAU